CUCACGGGCCCCCAGCGGGCCCAGUUGGAAGAAGUGCAGAAACAGAGGGGCCCCUGGAUGGACUCGCAAGACCCCCUCGCUACCUUUGUUCAGAUGCAUGGGGGCUCUAAGCCGAUCCGGAGGAUUCUAAUUGCCAACAAUGGGAUGGCAGCCACCAAGGCAAUCGCCUCGAUGCGGCAAUGGGCAUUUGAAACUUUCGGAGAUGCCAGUCUGCUAACUUUCGUUGCAAUGGCGACGCCAGAGGAUCUCGAGGCCAACAGUGAAUUCCUGAAGAAGGCAGACGCCAUCGUUCACGUGCCGGGGGGCCCCGGCAAAAACAACUACGGCAAUGUCGCCCUCAUCUGCGAGACAGCAAUCAAGCAGAAGGUGGACGCCGUGUGGCCCGGUUGGGGUCAUGCUUCCGAGAAUCCGGAGCUUCCUUCCUCUCUAGCAAAGUUGGGAAUUUCGUUCUUAGGACCGAAGGCAACGGUCAUGGCCGCGUUGGGAGACAAGAUCGCCGCAAAUAUCCUGGCGCAAACAGCCAAUGUGCCCUCCAUUCCGUGGAGUGGGGAUGGGCUUAAGGCUCAGCUCAAUGACGAAGGCUCCAUUCCUGAAGAAAUUUUCAAGGCCGCCACUAUAUCGACCGUGGAAGAAUGCCGAGCCGCAGCCGAUCGCGUUGGCUACCCCUUUCUGCUGAAGGCUUCUGGCGGGGGGGGCGGCAAAGGCAUUCGCUUGUGCUACACGCCGAACGAUUUAGAGAAUGCUCUGGCGCAGGUUCAGGGCGAAGUUCCUGGAUCUCCUGUUUUCAUGAUGAAGCUCUGUGAGAAGGCUCGGCACAUCGAAGUUCAGAUUGCUGGCGAUGCUUCGGGUUGCGCCGUAGCUCUCUCAGGCCGCGACUGUUCAACGCAAAGACGCUUCCAAAAGAUAUUUGAAGAGGCCCCACCCACCGUCGUUAGGCCGGAAACCUUCAAGGAGAUGGAACGCGCAGCGCAGCGCUUGACGCAGUCGCUUGGCUACGAAGGCCUCGGGACUGUCGAGUACCUAUUUAAUCCAGCAACAGACUCCUUCUACUUUUUGGAGCUUAACCCGCGCCUGCAGGUCGAGCACCCGGUGACAGAAGCAGUCACUGGACAAAACCUCCCAGCCCUCCAGCUGCAGAUCGCCAUGGGCAUCCCGCUACACAGGAUUCCCAGCAUCCGAACUUUCUUUGGAAGAGAUCCCGAAGGCACGGAUCCUAUUGAUUUUCUUUCCGAAGACUACGUUCCGCCCAAGAUGCAUGUUAUUGCGGCUCGCGUGACGGCAGAGAAUCCCAGCGACGGUUUUCGACCAACAAGCGGAGCCUUGCACUCCCUGGAUUUCCACCCUCCCGAGAAAGUCUGGGGGUACUUCUCUGUCGGCACGCAGGGCGCGAUUCAUCCGUACGCUGAUUCUCAGUUCGGGCACAUCUUUGCCGGAGGGGCCACUCGAAACGAAGCCAGAAAGCGGCUUAUCUGGGGUUUACAACAGCUUCACAUCAAGGGCGAUAUUAGAACUCCAGUUAACUUCCUGCAGGUCUUGCUGCAGCAGCCGGCCUUUGUGAAUCACACGCUCAACACCGAGUGGCUAGAUGGCAUCAUUAAGGCCAAAGAACUGCUUCCCUCUCCGAAGGCGGAUGAUGUCGUCUUUGCCGCAGCCGCCUUCAGAGCGAUACAGGCACUGGAGAAGCAGAAGGCCUCUUGGAUCGCAGUCGCAGCACGCGGGCACACCUACUUGCCUCCUGUAGGCCCCUUGUUGUCAACCGAGACGCAGAUUGCAUGGGAAGGUCAGCUGUACAAGCUCCGCUUCACGCGCACCGGCCCCUUGACUCUGGGAUUCAGCAUCAACAAACAGCAAGGGGAACUCGAGUACCGAAAGCAGAGCGACGGAUCUUACCUGCUGUCUAUAAACCCGGAAGCGUGCCAGCAGCAGGCUCAGGAUCAGCAACAACAGCAGGAUCAAGAUCAGCAGCAGCAGCAGCCACGGCACCCGCGUUUGCUUCGAUUCAGCGCCACGGAAGAGCCCCUUGGCUUGCGUCUGGAACUGGAAAACAACUCUCUCAUGAUCUUAGACCAACGAGACCCUUCAGAGCUGCGAUCGGACGUGAACGGGCGCCUGGUCCGCUUCCUCGUGCAAGACGGGGAGACAGUCAGCAAGGGGCAGCCUUUCGCAGAAGUGGAGGCUAUGAAGAUGAUCCUCACACUUACCGCUGGUGAGAGUGGCGAGCUGAUACACCGCAAGAGUGCAGGCUCGCUAUUGACUCAAGGGGAGCUGCUGGCGUCUCUCCGGCUAGCCGAUCCGUCCAAGGUCAUGCGUCUGAAGCCUUUCGAGGGGGCGUUGGACCUGUCUCCUCCCUCGCUGCCGCAGCGAGACACAGACGCGUCUGAUGAGUCAGCUGCAGCAGCAGUACAGGGCAAUGUGCUCCCACACACGGCAGCAGAGGAGGCAGCGAAUGCAGAGAAGCGCUUGGAACUGUUGCUCAGCGGAUACGUGCAGCACCAGUCUGCGCAGGAGCUGGUGCAGUCUUUGCUAGGGGGCCCCUCUGGCGCCUCGCUGGAGGCCCUGGUCCGCAUCGUAGAGCGCUCAUUGCAGCAGUUUCUUGCUACGGAGGAGCUCUUCGCGGGGAAAGGGCACGCUGCAGCUGCAGCAGCGGUUGCUGCUGCAGGCGGAGACACCGAAGGGCAGUUCCGGUUUCAUGUAUCCCACUACGCACUUAAGCAAAAGGCAGAAGUGCUGCUGCUCUUCCUUAAAGAGCUUGCGAGGCGGCUCGUUUCUCCAGAGACUCCUUCUCUUGACAUGACAGUGCUACAGGGCCUCCUUCGGCGCGUGGAGGUGCUCAAGGGCAAUCCCUACAAUGUGCUCGCGUUGGCGGCUCAGCGGUUAAGGAAGCAGCUGCUGCUGCCCUCGGUGAAUGACCGCGUCGCUUCCCUGCGUAUGCAGCUGCAGCAACUGCUGCAGCUGCAGCAUCGCUCCGAGCAAACCAACUUGCAGAAAGAAUUUCUGCAGCUCCCCGAGGAAUUCGGGGGCUACGGACUGUUGACUCAGCUUUUCAAAGAUCCCGAAGUUGGCAGCAAAGCGCAGGAAAUGGUUCUGAGGAGGCAGCUCCUGGGACUUGAGGUGCACCUGCAAGAGCAGCAGGACGGCUGCAUUCCCUUCACGUGGAGAGACACCGUGCAUGAAGGACUAGCAGCGGCGGAGCGUGUGGGCCUCUUCGCUGCUUGCUCUAGCAUGCAGGAUCUUCAAGAACGGCUUGGCUCGCUGCUGCAGCAGCUCCACCAGCAGCAAAAGGCUCUCGGCAAUGCCAGCAACAGCCUGCUGAUGCUGAGCGUACCCCCAUCCACGGAAGCGAUCACCGCUGCGACGACGGAAGACCUCGCUGCCACUGUGGCGGCUGCAGCAGCAAAAAAUCCAGAAGCUGCAGCAGCGCUGAAGGGCCUCGACAGUCUCCGCCUGUUGCUUCCCGACGGCAACGGAGAUACGCACCAGGUUGCCCUAGUACAGCCGAAACGGCAGGAGGAGGAGGAGGAGGAGCACGAGCAACCAGAGCUCUUGCAGGAAGAUCCUCUGCAACGCAACUUAUCUCUUUCCCAGGCUGUCUUUGCGGACCUGAAACGUCUUCAGUCUGAAGGGACAGUACGGCGGUUGCCCUCUGUCGCUGCUUCUGCAGCAGUGCCUCCUGCUGCAUCUGCGGAUAUUCUACUGCAUGCACUGACCCCCAAAAAGCCGUCGGCGGUUCCUGGGGCCCCCGCAACGCGGCGAACUCCCCCCCUCAGGGAUACGGUGUACGUACACCGCAUUGUGGCCGACGCCGAGCCCUUGCUGGAGGGCAAUGGCAUGCAACAGCUGCUGCAGCUACUGCUGCAGCAACUGGAAGCAGCCUUCAGGGACCCCCAUGUGCAUCCCACGAGCAGCAGCAGCAUAACGCUGCAGCUGCUGCCGCCGCAAACAGAGGAGAAGCGUGCAGCCCUACAGGCGGCCUUUUUUGAGGGCUUGCAGACGCUCAAAGCAACAGAAGGCGAGCGUCUGUUGCAGCUCAAUGUCGAAAAGUUAGAUCUCAAGGUGCCGCAGGCCGUCUCCUCUCCUGGCGUCUCCCUGGAAGAUACAGUGCCGGAGCAGCAAGUGCUGCGUGCGUCCAGCAGAGGCGGCUGCUGGCUCGAGCCGCAAGAGACACAGGGGUUACCGGCCUCUGCUCUGUACGAUAGAGAGUGUGACUUGCACACUUCUCCGUCUGCAGAGUUUCAGGCACCGCAACAGCAACAGCUCCAGCCAAGGCAGCCAGAAUUACCAUUAGAGGUGUCUACGGCUGAGAGUUCCACGGUCCCUUCUCCGCUUCCUUCAGAAUUGCAGACACCCGAGACGGGGGGAUCCAGAGAGGCCGAGGCCUCUACCCCAGCUGAUCGAACGGCAGCAGAACAAUUCCGCACUUCGAUUGAGUCUCAUAGCAGCGAUGAUUUCUCCGUUUCAUGGACCCGGCACGGGAGUUCAAGAGGUACAGGGGGCUGCCAAGUUGGUGCUCGUACGGCGGCAGCGGCAGAGGCAGAGAGAACUGCUCCUCUAGUUGUGCUCAAAGGCAUAAAUGAGGCACAGCUGGCUGCCAAAAGGGCCGCAGCACAGCGCGCGGGCAGCACAUAUAUAUAUGAUUUCUUGGGGUUCAUCAAGGCUGAGUUGCGACAGCAGUGGCAGCGAAGUCAACAAGAGCUUGUCGAUGCUGGAGACAGCCGCAUACUACAAGUUCCAGAGAAGCUUGUGGAGGCGCGCGAGUUCCAUAUGGGAGAGGACGGGAAAUUGCAGUUACGGAGUGACUGGCUGGUUGGCGACAACAAGGUUGGAAUGGUUGCCUUUUUGUUGUUGCUGCGGACGCCGGAGUAUCCGGAGGGUCGGGAGGUUGUGCUCAUUGGAAACGAUGUGACUCACCAGGGAGGUUCGUUUGGGGUGGAUGAGCACGAGCUCUAUCGGCAGGCGUCUGCGUUUUCCCGCAAGCACAAGUUGCCUCGCAUUUACAUCGCAUGCAACAGCGGGGCUAGGAUUGGGGUGUACGAACAGCUCAAGGAGAAGAUACAAGUUGAGUGGAACGACCCUGCGAACCCCCCGUUGGGAUUCAAGCAUCUGUUUAUAACGGAAGAAGAUUACCAGCAACUGCCACAGGGGGCCGUCGUGGGUCAUUGGGAGGCUUCUUCUGCCGCUGAUGGCAAGCGCGUAUUUGUUUUGGACGCAAUUAUCGGGUCGGACAACGAGUACUUGGGAGUUGAAAACCUUCGGGGGUCCGGCAAGAUAGCGGGCGAGACGAGUCAGGCUUACGAUGAAACUUUUACCUUGUCUCUGGUAUCUGGGAGAUCGGUGGGCAUCGGGGCCUAUGUGGUGCGGCUAGCCCAGCGUUGCAUACAGCAGAGGAACUCUCCCUUGGUGCUGACAGGGUAUCAGGCUCUCAACAAGCUACUAGGACGGGAGGUCUACGUCUCGCAGGACCAGCUGGGAGGCCCCGAAGUAAUGAUUCCUAAUGGCAUCGCCCAUUUGGAGGUGGCCAGUGACAGAGAAGGCAUUGCUGAAGUCAUGAAGUGGCUAGAAUUCGUGCCGCCAACAGCCGACGACCUCCACGCGCCGCACCACUCUACUGACCCCGUAAACAGGGACAUCGAGUUUACUCCAAGCCCCACUCCAUACGAUCCGCGGCACAUGCUGGCGGGAUAUAUCACGCCUGCGACGCCGCCGUCUUCACCCCCACAUUCCGACAGCGAAGGAGACGAGUCAGCACAAGCGCCUAAGGAACGGUGGAUCUCAGGUUUCUGUGACAGAGACAGCUUUAAGGAGGUCCUUGGUCCGUGGGGUGCUGGUGUUGUCGUGGGGAGGGCGAGGCUUGGCGGUCAACCCAUUGGAGUUAUUGCUGUAGACCCUAGAACAACGACUGCAGUGGCACCUGCCGAUCCAGCGAAUGCCGAUAGUGCAAGAGUCGAGACGCAACAGGCAGGCCAAGUAUGGUUCCCAUCUAGCGCGUACAAGACGGCACAGGCGAUUGCAGACUUCAACAGAGGAGAGAAUCUGCCACUGAUAAUUUUUGCGAAUUGGCGAGGCUUCUCGGGAGGCACACGGGACAUGUUCAACGAGGUGCUGAAAUUCGGCUCAAUGAUUGUGGAUGCCCUCCGGGUGUACCGGCAUCCUGUAUUUGUGUAUAUUCCACCGCAUGCGGAGCUGAGGGGUGGCUCCUGGGUGGUUAUUGACCCUACGAUUAACGCAUCCCAAAUGGAGCUCUAUGCCGACGAGCUGGCAAGGGGAGGUGUGCUAGAGCCCCCAGGAAUCUGUGAAAUCAAGUUCAGAGAGGCAGAGCGAAAGAAGCUCAUGCACAAGAAUGAUCGUACACUCGUGCAGUGGCAGCAAGAUCUAGCGGCUGCAAAUACACCAGAAGAAGCGGAGGUGAUCCUUCAGGAUAUCAAGCGAAGAGAAGAACAACUGAUGCCUGUGUACACGCAGGUGGCUCAUGUAUACGCGGAUUUGCACGACAGGGCCCCCCGCAUGGCGGCGCGUGGGGGUGUCAGGGAGAUCCUCAGUUGGCCACGGGCUAGGGAGUUCUUCUACUGGAGGAUUAGGAGGCGCCUUUCCUCUAAUGCAGCCGUGAAAAAGCUGAUAGCUGCAGAUCCUUCUCUUCAGUGGGAGGAUGCCCUGCGCUUACUCGACUCGCAAAUCCCCCAAGCUGCCGCAACCGUAGACGAUAAGACCGCAGUUGCAUUCCUAGACAGUAAAGAGGGGGCAGAGGCCGUGCGACAGUUGCUGCAGCACACCGAGAUAGCACAUUCGAAGAGGGAACUACUGCAGCUGUUGCAGCGGUUGCCGAUAGCAGACAGAGCGGAGGUCUUCACCCAGCUAAAGUCUGUGUUGCCUCAGUAG